ACUUCCAAGAAGCUUUUCUACAUAGAAUAUUGAAAAUCGAUUGGCACCUAUAGUAUUGCUUAUGUUUACAGUUCACGGUGGGUUUUUAAAUGUACUUUAUUCAAUUGAUAGUUUCUGUGUUUCGAAUAAUACGAAUCCUAGAAUAAGAAAUGGCACAGCAAGAUACUGAUAUAGAUUGCGACAAAAUGAAUGAGCAAUUAAAAAGUAAAAGUAUCGAUCUGGAUACUUACAGAAAUUUGGUUAAGUCGUAUUUGGAUUUACAUCUUUACAGUGCUGCUCUUUUCUGGGCUGACAAGGUCUUAUCUUUAAGCAACGGAGAUCCAAAAGAUGUGUGUUCAUUGGCACAAUGUAUGUUUCUCAUGAAACAAUAUCAUCGAGCUGCACACCUCAUUAGGAGUCAUGGACUCGAAAAAACAGAUGUUAUGUGCCAUUAUUUGGCAGUUCGGUGCUUGCUUGAAGCAAAAGAAUUUACUGAGGCCCUUCAAAUCAUCAACGAGACUGAAAUGUGUACAAAUAUUUCACAAUCUGGAGUCAGUUAUAGUGAUCAUGCUGAUAUUCUACAAGAUGCUCCAAAAAAUGUACAGAGUUCAAUAUUGUAUGUAAAAGGAAGAGUGUAUGAAGCAAUGGACAACAGAGCAGUAUCAUCAAAUUGUUACAAACAGGCCUUACGCUGUGAUGUCCAUUCAUAUCAAGCUUUUGAGGCACUUGUACAGAAUCAAAUGCUUUCUGCAGCUGAAGAGAAGGAACUUCUUGAUUCCCUUCCUAUCAGUGAACAAUGUACAGAAGCGGAAGGCGAAUUACUACGUCUAUUGUAUGAAAGCAAACUGAAAAAGUACCAAGUUCCGACAAAAAAACAACCAUUUGCUUCAUGCAGUAUAAAGGGUAUUCUCGUUACGGAUCGUCUCCUAGAUAAUCUAGACAUGCAAGUCUCGAAGGCUGAAAGGCUAUACUAUAAUUGUGAUUAUCACAAAUGCUUCUCGCUUACGGAAAGAAUACUUAAGAAGGAUCCAUACCAUAAUUCUUGUUUACCUGUACAUAUUGCUUGUUUAGUGGAAUUGAAAAAAACUAACGCGCUAUUUUACUUAGCACAUAAACUGGUAGACUUGUAUCCUGACAUGGCGCUUGCUUGGUUUGCUGUUGGUUGCUACUACUAUGCUAUAGGUAGAAGUGAUCCGGCAAGAAGAUAUCUGGCGAAAGCAACAGCACUGGACAGAUUAUUCGGUCCAGCGUGGCUGGCGUACGGCCAUUCGUUUGCAGUAGAAAACGAACAUGAUCAGGCAAUGGCAGCAUAUUUUAAAGCUUCUCAAUUAAUGAAGGGCUGUCAUCUACCAUUGCUCUAUAUAGGUUUAGAAUGUGGCCUAACAAACAAUCUGAAACUGGCCGACAAGUUCUUCCAACAAGCACAAAGUAUAGCUCCAGAUGACCCAUUUGUUAUACACGAGAUGGCCGUUAUAUCUUUUUACAAUAUGGAAUACAAAACCGCCGAAAAGCAGUUCAAAGAAGCUAUGAAAAGAGUCCAGGGCGACCCAAAAGAUGUUGUACUUCCAAGUAAAUGGGAGGCACUGCUCAAUAAUUUGGGACACACUUGUAGAAAAAUGAAAAAAUACGAAGAGGCUUUAGAUUAUCAUCAACAGGCCAUCGUACUAAAUCCACUGAAUCCAUCGACGUAUUCAGCAAUUGGUUUCAUUUAUGCGCUGAUGGGCAAUACCCAGGAAGCCGUAGACGCGUUUCACAGGGCAUUAGGACUUCAAAGAGACGACACGUUUACUACAACCAUGUUGGGAUACGUUAUGGAACAACUUAUAGACGAAGUACCUCCUUAUCCAG